AUGCCGGUCUCUACCACUCACUCAUUGGUCGGCGCCACCCUUGGUUUUUCUAUCGUUCUGCGUGGAUUCAAUGGUAUUCGCUGGAUUAAAAUCGCGGAUAUCGUAGCUUCAUGGUUUCUAUCACCAGCACUAUCUGGCACAAUUUCCGUGAUUCUCUACCUGAUUGUGGAUUUCACCGUAUUGAGAAGGAAAAAGCCACUUCAAUGUGGUUUGCGAGUGUUACCAGUCUUCUACUUCGUCUGUAUCACAUUUGAUGUGCUGAUGAUCACCUUAGACGGUUCAAGAUUAUUGCGCUUUGACAAAAUCCCUGUGUGGGGAGCCAUCAUCGCCUCUCUGGGAUGCGGCGUGAUUGCCGCUGCUUUCGUUCAGUUUGUGAUGAAGCCGCGAUUCAUUCGGAAAAUCCGAGCGACAACAUCCGCAAUGCCGAUUGUCUAUGCGGUCACAGUCAAUUCAGACUUGGAAACGGACCGAUAUGUAGAGCAAAAGCUCGAAAAGGAAGCUGAGCUAGAAGGGCGCUUUAAUGGUGUGCGGUCGUUCAUUGGCUGGUUGCUUCCUGAUAAGGACCGUGUUACAGAUGAUGAAACAAUCAAGCUCUUUUCAACAAUUCAGGUAUUCACCGCUUGCUUUGCCGGCUUUGCUCAUGGUGCCAAUGAUGUAAGCAACGCAAUUGCUCCCUUGACUGCUCUUGUGUCAAUAUACAAAGACAAGAACGCCUUACAAGAAGGAGAGGUACCCAUCUAUAUACUACUUUAUGGAGUGUUCGCAAUUUGUGUGGGACUGUGGACACUCGGACAUCGGGUUAUUCGGACCGUUGGUACCAACAUGUCAGAAAUCAACCCCGCAACUGGUUUCACCAUAGAAUUUGGUGCCGCCAUGACAGGACUGAUAUCGAGUAAGCUUGGACUUCCGAUUAGCACCACGCAUUGUUUGGUAGGAUCAGUUGUAGCGGUAGGAGUGGUCAAAUCGCGUGAAGGUAUCCAGUGGAGGAUAUUUCGGAAUAUUGUCAUCUCAUGGGUAGUUACUGUACCCAUCUCAGGUCUCCUCUCCGCCGGCAUUAUGUUUCUGUUGAAGUUCACGCUUUAA